AUGCCACCUGACCUGAACUCACUCCCUCCAUCUCGUUCAUCCUCCUCUUCUUCAUCUCUCCCACACCGCAGCAUCCCCCCUGCUUCACCGGGCACUGCACCAGUGACAGUGAACACCACCUCCCCUCGGCCUUCUCGCGGGUCCAGCAUAGGACGACUAUCGGUUUCCGAGCGACGCCGGUCAGCCGGGAUGACUCUAAACCCGAACGAGUCCUCGGGCUCAGGUUCGGGAAAUCCCGGCGACGUCCCGCUGUCCGACUACCGCUCAUCCAUUGGGCAUGCAUUCCGCACGGCCAGUCCGUCCAGCCACGGCAGCCCGGUCUUCCCGACUGCGGAUCCGCAUCACCACCGCGCACCUUCACUGGGAGAGCUCCACCAGGAGCUGGAGCAAGAGCAAGAAGCCCAAGUGAAUCGGCUUCUGCAGAUGAUCCGCAGCCAACAGGCCCAGCUCCAGCAACUUCAAGGCCAGCAACAACACCAGAACCCCCAGGCUGCUCAAUCAGCUUCUGGGACGGCUGUUGUCGAUGAUUUCGCCCCGUCGUCGGAACGAUCCUCUUCAUACUUGGCCUCAGUCCCUCUUCCUGCGGGGACGGGGGCUGGUAACCGACUAUCCAUCUCCUCGGUGUCGAACCGCCGGCCGUCACGGGCAUCCAGCCAGGCGCCAUCCCCAAACCUGCGCCCGUUCGAUGCCACGCGAGGGACGGAGGGUGUAGAAGCAUUUCCGGGGUUGCCACACAGUUCUUCUCGGCGAGGAAGUCGGGAUGAAAGCGCAUUUUACCAGGCGGAGGCGAGCAUGCUGAGUCGAGAAAAUCAGAUGCUGCGUCAAAGAAUUCGCGAAUUAGAACGUCAAAUUGGAGACCUGACAAACUCCACACGACCCUCUGCUUCUCCAGCAACCGGAUUAGGUCUGGUGUCCGGGCAAGAGGGGGCCGAAGCUGCGGGCCCACCUCCUGUGGGAUCGACGCGAGAUGGCAAAGAAUGA